UUUUGUUCGGCUGCUGGCGGCAUAACACGUUAACCGCCGCCGUCUAACAUCAGUUGAUCAUUUCAACUUGUGAGUUCAACAGUUGUGCGAGCGCUUGCGCAUAGUGAAUCAUUGACGUACGCGGCGCUCGCGAUGUCAUCCAAAAUAAUUAACGAGAAACAGAACGAUGUUAAACUGAACGGUUUGAGUGUUUUAGAUAGAGGACUCACGCCCCUAAAUGCUCGGUAUAGGUCCAAAAGUUUGUCCAGUGAUAAGUUAAAUAGAACUAAUGCGGACCGGGCAGCGAUAUUGGAAGAUAUUGAAGCCCAUUACAUUACAGAGAAAAGUGAGACCCCAGGCUGUUUAGUUAUAAAGAAAAUUAUGGAUCCAGGCACGAACACCACGGUCAACGGGUACAAAGAUGGCAAAACCACAUACGGAUCGGAACAAACCCCCACCCGCGGCAGACGCGUCAUCUUCUGCGUCCACGGGAACCCCUCCACCGGCUGCUGCGCGGUCAUCGAGACCACUGCUGACGGUGAUGAUGUGGAGAUGAGGAACGGCAGUAUUACUGAAGCAGCUAGGCAUUGUCAUAGGUCAAGAAAUGAAGAAAUAGAUAAGCGAGCAAGAAGAAAACUUAUUAUAGCUAGUAUAUUAUGUGUUAUAUUUAUGAUAGGAGAAAUUGUUGGUGGUAUCUUGUCAAACAGUCUUGCUAUAGCCACGGAUGCGGCGCAUCUGUUGACAGACUUCGCCAGCUUUAUGAUAUCGUUAUUUUCACUUUGGGUUGCUAGCAGACCUGCUACAAGAAAAAUGUCCUUCGGCUGGUACCGAGCGGAGGUGAUAGGUGCUCUAACGUCAGUGCUGCUGAUCUGGGUGGUGACGGCAGUGCUGGUGUACAUGGCUGUGCAGAGAGUCAUAUACAAGGAGUUCGAGAUAGAUGCUACUGUUAUGCUCAUCACGUCGGCUGUGGGCGUCGCCGUUAAUCUUGUUAUGGGGUUGACGUUACAUCAACAUGGUCACAGUCAUGGCGGCGGCGGUGGCCAUGGUCACACUCAUGGUGGCACCAAUCCUGUUCUCAACAAUAAGCAGAAAGAACGCGGAGACUCAGACGCCGAGAGUUCUUCGUCCCACCAACACGAGCAUGAGCACCAACAGACUGAAAACAUAAACGUCCGAGCUGCCUUCAUCCACGUGCUGGGUGACUUCCUCCAGAGCUUUGGUGUCCUGGUCGCCGCUAUUGUCAUAUACUUUAAGCCAGAUUGGAACCUCGUGGAUCCGAUCUGCACGUUCCUGUUCUCGGUGCUGGUGCUCAUCACGACGUUCAACAUCAUCAAGGACACCUUACUGGUAUUGAUGGAAGGAUCUCCCAGAGAUGUCGAUUUUCAGGAGGUAGCAAACACAUUCUUGUCAUUGCCAGGCGUAGUCCGGAUACACAACCUUCGUAUGUGGGCAUUGUCGUUAGACAAGACUGCUUUGUCUGCUCAUCUUGCUAUUCGCACCGGCGCUAGUCCACAAAAGGUCUUGGAGCAAGCGACGCGGCUGGUCCACGAGAAGUACAACUUUUUCGAAAUGACACUCCAGAUCGAAGAAUUCAACGACGGGAUGGAAGCGUGCAGCCAGUGCAAGAUGCCGCAGUCCUGAUCGAUAGUGUUGAAACCCUAGUGGCUGAUCGUAGUUUAGAUAUCAAAUUGUACUAUUGAUUGUGAUGGCAACUGAAUUUUUGAGUAUUCGCAUCUUUUUUUUACCAAUGCAGAUAGGUACUAAUAAGAAAAGGACAGACAAACUUUUGAACUAUCGUGAGUGACUUCCAUUAUUUAAAUAAAAAAGUGAAAAGUGAAGCGAGUGAAGGUUUGAAACUAGUCGGGCUUACUUAAAUACGUGAGUAAAGCCGGAAUAAUAUAUACCUUUAUACUUACAACACACAAACUUAGGGCCGAUUUUUCAAUCGUCAAAUAACUUUUAUCUGAGGAAUAAAUUUGAGAGUUGGACAGUUUUUUCUUCAGAUAAAAGUUAUUUGACGGUUGAAAAAUCGGCCAUUAAUUUAAUUUAAAACUGUCAAACCUCGUGAUUUUAGGCGCCAGUCUUGAGCAUAGUGUUUAAUUUAAAACUAAACUAAAAGUCUUCAAAUUAAAAAUAAUUUUCCGUCCUUUUUUAUCAGUAUCAAAAAGAAAAAGAUGCAGAUACUCUAAGUUUAGUAUGAAAAAUAUCAGAAUCGAUACCAAUGUUUCCGAUACGUGCCUGUAUUAUUGUCUAAGGCAAUGGAGAAAAAGGAGAUUUGAACGUCUGAUUCUUCUGAAAACAUCAAGCAUUCGUGCUUGCAAUUAUAUUUAUUUUUUAAAUUAUGCAAAUGAUGCUACUGUACUUAUAAACUUGAUAAAAUUAUAGUAGGUACUAAUUCGCCUUUUUGUGGAAGUGUGGUCUUCCAAUUAAACUAGUUCUAAGUUGAAGAUUGAAGAUGUAUGAAUUUUAAAUUAAAUAUCCUGAUGAAUUUGAAAAUAAAAUUAGUUUUUAUCA